CUGCCAAUCUCCUUAGCAUGAUCUGGUAAAGUUUUCCAUUCACGAUAUUACGUAUAAAAUAGCUGUUCUUAAAAGCAUUAGUUCUACUAUAUUGCAUUGGAAAAAAGAAAAGAAAAAUAUCGAUUACUUUCACGAUGUCCUGCUUCGUGUGCUUUUAUAUUGUGUACUUGGCAGGAUUACGCAGUUUGUUAACGAAGAUAAAACAAUAUUUUGCCGAAUGUUAAUUUUCAAGAGAAUCUGGAGUUUUUCGCUCACAGGAUGUUAUUUCCCUCACCCCACUCCCCCACAAAAGGAAUUUUGCCCGAACAGAAGUCAAAACCCGUUGCCACCUGCCUCAGUAAAGACAUGAAUUUUUGAACUAUUGUUCGCAUCUUUGAUUUCUCGUUGCCGUGAACUUUGUCUCGCCAUGAAAUGUCGGCCAAUAACUUACUCCUUCGGGAAAAAAUAACUGACAUUUUCUCGACGGGAUAAAUUGUAUGGUGAAUCAGUGCUGAUAAUGAGGUUUUCGUAACACAGAUUUCACUUUGUUCUUAAAACAACGCUGAUUGCAAAGCAACAAAGGAAUCACGUGGCCUAUUGACCUUUAGGAGAACGUAUUUUUGCCUUCCUUUCAGCCUUACUACGAGGGAGCAGCCUCAACCGCGCUUAGUGCAGAAAAGAAUCUAUUUAAAAACAGACUUGUAAGUUUAAGGUGUGGUUUUCGUAGAUCAACAAUUUAAGAUGUGGAGCCCACCAAGAAAUAUUUCGCUGGUUAUGUUAACGUUAUCACUUUUGCCGGUAAUUUUCUGCGACUUAGGUCAGUUCACGUUUCAACGUUUCAACUGCCCGAAAAGUUACACAUUUACAAACGCACGACUCCAAGGAGGACUUCAAGCUGGACAGUUUACAAGACUGGGUCCGCCUGAUGACACUGAGCUGUGCGUCCAGCGGUGUUGCGAUCAAAGUUCAUGUGACCUGGUUGCUUGGGUUGGUGAGCACUGCUACUCAGUGACUUGCGUGAACCGAGAACUGUGCAAGCCUGUGAGGUUACCAAGCUAUCACAAGGGCAUGAGAUUGCUGUACAUCGCGUCCAGAGAAAACGCAGAAGAUGAAGUUGAACCCAACCGGAGAGAAGUCAGUGAUAUGCUUCACUUGUCGCCGAGUGAUCCUGGCUCUGUCAAUAUUACAAAGUCGUUAGCUUCCUACAGUGCUUCUCACGAACCCGCUACCUUAAAAUCCAAGAGAAUAAUACGCUCUCUAGAGGAAAUUGAAGAUGAAGACGGCUCGGGUGCCAUCAAAAUCAAAGUCGACACCAACAAUGCUGAUGACGAUAAGGAAAACGUUUUGUUUAGCGGCAAUUAUUACGAACGCAACUCUGAAAGUAUGAAAUUCAAAAUGGAGGAGCCACCGAGCGAGGGAGACUGGGAAGGAGGUCUAAUUGAAUCAAGUGCCGAGCAGGAUGAUGACGUGACUGAUGACAUCAUUCAGACUCAAACACAUAGCGUAACUGCAGUGAAACGAACGAAGAUGGCGUCUGUGGUUAACCCGAGUGAUAUAGAGGAAUUUGAACCUGAUUCAGACGAUUCCGGUUCGGGAAAUUUACAGGAAGACGAAGAUACGUUUGUGGGUUCUAGUUCUUCAGGAGCUAGUGAUGCUAAUGUUUUAUUCUCGGACGAAAUUCAAGAUGAACGUUCAGAACGGUCUGGAAAAAUAAACAAGACUAUUAUGCGCGAAGUUCAGCGCAAUCUACACAAAGUGUGGCGCUAUGCCUCUUCCGGUAAAAACCUUGAUAUGAUUUCCAAGAGACCGAAAGGUAAAGAAGAAGAACAAAAAUUACAGGAGAUUUAUAACUUGGUGAUAAAACACGAAUCUGGCAGAACAGAACCCAAGGAGUCUGUACCUGGUGAAACUGCGAGUGGGUUAAACAUGGGGGAUGAUCUCUCAGAUGAAAGUGGAAGCGGUGAAGAUGAUGUAUAUCAAAUGGGAUCUGCUCUCUUUCGAGAAAACGAAGAGAGGGUACAUGUGAUAUCAGGUGAUGAUGAUAUUUCUGGGGAAGGCAGUGGAUUUGCUGAUUUUUCAGAGAUGUCUGGUGCCAGAGCCAGUGGUUCUGGGGAAGUGAACACCGAACUUUUGAGAGAAGUUGAACAUAACUUGCACAAAGUAUGGAGAUAUGCGGCGCCUAAAAAAGAUUUAGACAUGGUAGCUAGGGGGCCAAAAGGAAAGGAAGAAGAACAAAAAGUGAAAACGAUUUAUAAUGUUGUCAGCAAGCACGAAACUGGAUCGGCGUUUAUUGAUUUUGAAUUGCGAAAGAAGGAAAAAUCGUCAAGUGAUAGCGACAAAACUCCUAAGCAACAUCACAGCAAUAAAAGCCGUAAGAGCAGAGUAAAAUCAACUACGGCAGGGUAUAAUGCCACCGAAGAGAAAUUGUAUAGACUUCAGAAAGCAAGAAAAUACGAGUACAACAAGGAUUUGAAAAGUCUAAAACCUUGGGGUAUGGGUAUGGGAAAGUCACCCAGCAAACCGAGCGGGAAGUAUGUGAAAAAAACCCACGGGAAUAGAAAGGGAAACGGCGAUAAACUUGCUAUUCUCGGAGAAGAGAUGAAAGAGUUAACUCCGACUGGCAAAAAGGUUAAUAAAACGAUCAAUAACGAGAAUUCUAAAGUAGAAAAGCUCCUUGAGUCGAAAUCAGAUAAGGAAGAUACUGCGGCGGAGAACUCAGUCAAUGAUACCGCGAGUAAAGAAACUGAACAAGAGCAUGAGGCGAUCAGUGCGCCAGAUAAAACUCAAAGUGAAAAGAUCGUCUUAGACAAUCAAGAGCCAUUUGAUAAGACUCAGCUAGAAAUAGGGAAGAAGUUGGAGGAGUUGAUUUUGAACAGAAUGGCACAACUUGAAAGACAGGGAAUCCAAACUAAACAAAAAGGAAAACAAGAACAUUUUGAGAAAGACCAAGAGAAGGAUGACCAAUCAGAAACGGAAAACGAAUCUCGAAAAGGCAAGUGAGACGUGUUCAGUUUAUCAGCUAGGUUGUGUCGUUUUUAACACAAUAACUGGACUAGACAGCAGAAAUCAUACUAGCGGCUUAUCGCAUAGAAAGUUCUCAAGAAUAGUUGAACUGCUGUGCCCGUAAUCAUCUAAUCAUAAGCGUGUCAUUGUCGGUUAGAUUAGUGAGUUACUUUGAUUUUUUUUUACCCGCUCUCAGUAGGAAAGCUAUUCCCACAGCAAAUCAAAGUUCCAGUAAUUGAGAACCUUGUACGCUAGCAUGAAAUUGACAGUUGUUUUAAUUCCUUUUUUCUGUUUCAGCUGGCCAACAAGCUAAGAAAGAUAAAUUGUUAACGGAACUGGAGAAACUGAAAUUCUUGAACGGA